CCCGCCCAGCUUCGGCAGCAGUAGGCGGAGCUGGAGGGCGGGUUGUCACUCAAGAGGAGACAUGGGCUGGGCUGGCGAGACAAAGGCAGAAAAGCGAGCGGCGGUGGGCGGAGUCUGAGUGCCAGGCAGUGCCGGCCGGUGUCUGGCCCGAGCGGAGGGGCGUGGCCCGAGCGAAGAGGGGCGGAGACUCCGGUUCGUCGCGGUGAGCUGAAACUUGCGGAGGAAGCAGCAGCCGCCAGAACUGGAAAAAGCCAUGGCGGAGGCGACAGCCGAGAAAGGUGAGCGCGAGCCGCGCCUGUCACGUGACCGUCGUUAGGGCACGUGACAGACUCUGCGUUUCCUUCCCUCCCCGCUCUUCUUUUGCUUAAUUGCCAAUAAGAGAAAGAGGAAAUCACGGUCCUUCCUCCCGUUAAUAGAGAACUGAAGAGCGCGCGUGCGAGGCUCUUUGCACAUGCUCAGAGCUUCACUGCCCAAGCUCAGAAUCGACCUCUUGAUCGCUUGCCUGGAGGCCCUUCAUUUUUUUUACACACCUCUCCGGGCGUUAAAAAUAAUGUCUUGUACUCAAGCCCUGCUUAAGCCUUCCUCCUUGCCUCUACACUGAAUUUCUUACGGGUUGAGCGGCGUGGUGGGCAGAUUUCCUCCCCCUUCCCCCACGGAAUAUCGCCUGACGGUCAUUUUAGAGGGGUUGUGCUUCUGUGUUUUGCCUUUGCCUUUAGGGAGUCCUUGCUUCUCUCUUGCUCCACUGAGUCUGUUUUUGUGGUCCCAGCUUGAGCCCAGUAUCGUAUUUACAUGAAGAUUUAUAUUCUGCUUCUUAACUCGAUGUCCUGUCAAAUAUUAAAACCUAGGAACAUGUAUAUUGAAACUUCCAAGAAAAUACAAAAUAAACCUGCAGCAAAUGCUCGCCUGCAUGCACAUUCAAAUUAUAAGCUUUGCAAUGGUCAGUGUGAAGUUCCUUUCUGUGAUUCCUGCCCCACCUCUUUUCUCUGCCAGGGAACCACAUGAAAGUAGGGUCCCAUUGAAAUACACUGCAAUAUUUGAUGUGAACAUAUUAGCUGCUUUCAGGGUGGUGAUGUAAGUGCUCCCAUAAUUAUGUUAGCAAGCAAAAACAGUGUUGUAUCCAGCUUAGUUUUACUUAAGAGUAGACCCUUUAUAAUAAUAAUAAUAAUAAUUUAUUAUUUAUACCCAGCCCAUCUGGCUGGGUUUCCCUUUGGAAUUAAUGUACCUAAGGUAGCCAUAGCUAUUAAUUUCAAGAAGUCUACUCUUGAGUAGAACUAACAUCAGCUACAGCCCACAAUUUCCAAGUGGGGCACAACUGCCUUAGUAUCAAUUGUUUCAUUGCACAUUGUAAUUGUGAAACACAAUCAUGGGUAAAAUUGCCAUCUGUGAGACUUUCCCCCUCCCUUAGUUUUGCAACUUUUGCCUUAUGUUCAUUUUUGUCUGCAGCUUACUACAGAUUCCUUGUGCUCUUCUUCAAUUGCCUCCUGACCUUUGGCUCUUACUUCUGCUUUGAUAUCCCCAGUGUUUUGCAAGAGCAGUUUCAAGGGGUAAGUGCUUAGGUGGGAGUGAGCAACCGUAUUCUGUAAAAGGUCAUAUUGACUGCAGUCUUGAGACAAAAUGGGUUGGUGGGGUAUAAAUACAAAAUGUCUCUGAGCCCAAGUCUUUUCAAGCUGACCAGGUCAAAGAAGAGAGCUGUUUCCACAGCUGAAGAGCAUAUACAGUCAUGUUGUUGUUGUUUAGUCGUUUAGUCGUGUCCGACUCUUCGUGACCCCAUGGACAAGAGCACGCCAGGCACUCCUGUCUUCCACCGCCUCCCGCAGUUUGAUCAGGCUCAUGUUUGUAGCUUCGAGAACACUGUCCAACCAUCUCGUCCUCCGUCGUCCCCUUCUCCUUGUGCCCUCCAUCUUUCCCAACAUCAGGGUCUUUUCCAGGGAGUCUUCUCAUGAGGUGGCCAAAGUAUUGGAGCCUCAACUUCACGACCUGUCUUUCCAGUGAGCACUCUCGGCUGAUUUCCUUAAGAAUGGAUAGGUUAUAUACAGUCAUACCUCGGGUUAAAUACGCUUCGAGUUGAGAGCGUUCAAGUUGCACUCUGCGGCAACCCGGAAGUAACGGAGCGUGUUACUUCUGGGUUUUGCCGCUUGCGCAUGCGCAGACGCUCAAAAUGACGUCAUGCGCAGAAGCGGCAAAAAGCGAUGCGCGCGUGCGCAGACGUGCUGUUGCUAGAUACAUUUACCUCUAGAUGCGAACGGGGCUCUGGAACGGAUCCCAUUCGUAUCUAGAGGUACCACUGUAUGUUGGAAUUAUUUUUGUUGCCUCCAGGACUCAAGCAAAACUGAUAGUUUAAAUGCCGUCACAGUUUCUAUAGACUAGAUUUGUACAUCUUUGUCCAAAAUGCAACAUACCUGGAAUUCAUCUUCAGUUGGAGUACUUUAGACAUCAGGGGAGGGGAACACAUGACCUCCCAGAUGUUGGACACCAACCCUCAUCAGCCUCAGCCAGCAUGAGCAAUGGUCAGGGAUGAUUGUGGGAAUUGUAGUCCAGCUACAUGAGGUGUCUCAUCCCUGGAUUAGAAGGAUUCACGACUAAGUUUAUCAUUAUGUGUACUAAUGGAAAACUCAGUUCUGUGAGUGGCCAAAGUGGUACCAUUUAAAGGAGAGGUAUUGGCAGGCUCCAGGGAGACAAUGAAGGUUUGCAGAACUCCACAAAGCUUCCCAAUAAGGACUGAAUGGGCCCAGUGGUCACAGAACACUGGUUUAGUGUUGGGAGGAGAACAAGAUAUAAGGUGAAUGUUUCUCUCAGCUCUCCAACUCUGUCAGCUAAGAUACUUUAAGUAGAGAUAGACCUGGAAUUUUUGCAUGCAGAGCACUGAUCGGUUGCUGAGCUGUGGCACUGGCCUGUCCUAAAAGUAUAUGUCUUCUCCAACCAUUUAAAACCAUUUUCCUCCUUUUGUAUGAGGGCCAACCAGUUCCUACUCUCUACCUAUAAUUCCCAAGAGUCCUAACAGUUUGCUACAUGAAAUAAUCUUAGGAAAUAGAUAAAGAGCAUUAGCCACCUAAGGCAAAGCAAGCAACUGGGUGUCUUGGAAUAGCUGAAUCCAGAUGUCCCCCUACUCAACCCCUUGUUUAUUUCUGGAACUCAUUUCCUUUUACUCUGACUUGUUAUAUAGAAUCUAACCUGUCCCAAUGGCACGCACCACAAUGGCACAGGGCAUAAUGGAACUGACUGUGUGGAAGGCCUGGGAAUGACGCCUGAAGAGUACAAUCUUCUGUAUGCUAUCUAUGCCUGGACGUAAGUCAUUCUUCUGGAUCUUCCUAUAUACAUUAAAAAGUAAGGCUAUCGGCAUGCUGCAGUUUCAGGGGCUACCAAUAGGCCAACUCCAGUGUGACAAAUGGCAGAUAGGCAAGUGAGAAAGUAGCAUGGGGGGGCAGGUGGCCCAUGCGAGCUGUUUAACUCUGUGUGUGUGUGUGUGUGCGCGCGCACACGCAUGCGUGUAUUCUUCACAGUGCCAUUUGGCCAAUAACUCAAUGAAGCUCUCCCCUCCAUUAAAUGCAACUGCAGCAAGGUUUGGCAGAGUGUGGAGGGGUACCGUAUUUUUCGCCCUAUAGGACGCACUUUUCCCCCUCCAAAAAUGAAGGGGAAAUGUGUGUGCGUCCUAUGGGGCGAAUGCAGGCUUUCGCUGAAGCCUGGAGAGCGAGGGGGGGUCGGUGCGCACCGACCCCUCUCGCUCUCCAGGCUUCAGGAAGCUAUCUGCAAGCCGUGGGAGAGCUGCGCGACUUCGCACAGCUCUCCCACGGCUUGCGGAUAGCAGCCUGUUCUGGGGGCUGGGGUCGGGCGAAGCUCGGGCUUCCCCCGCCCCAGCCCCGCACCUGGGGGGGAAAAUAAUUUUUUUCCCCUUUAUUCCCCCCCAAAAAAACUAGUUGCACCCUAUGGGCCGGUGCGCCCUAUGGGGCGAAAAAUACGGUACUUCACUGAGCAAACAUCCCCUCCAUUUAUAUUUAUCUUUUAAGUAUAUCUAUGUAUAUGUGGGGAUGUAUAUGGGAAAGGCUGUCAGUGGCUGCUAACAAUGUUGACUGAGUUCUCCUGUCAGAGGCAGCAUGUAUCUGAGUACCAGGUACUGGGAAUCACAAGUGCAGAGGGUGCGGUGUUCUCCUGUCAUAGAAUUGUAGAGCUGGAAGGGACCACAAGGAUCAUCAAGUCCAGUCCCCUGUAAUGCAGGAAUCUUUUUGCCCAACGUGAAGCUCGAACCCACAACCCUGAAAUCAAGAGUCUUAUGCUCUAACAACUGAGCUUUAAUCUGGGCUGGUAUGCAUCUGAGUACCAGGUUCAGAGGGUGCUAUGUACUCAAGUCCUGUUUUUGGGCUUUGCAUAGGGCAUGUGGUUGGUUACUGUGGGAGCUGGAUGUUAGACUAGAUGGGCCUUUGGUCUGCUCCAGCAGGGCUCUUCUAACACAGAAACAGGAAAUAAGUAAAAGCAAACACAUUUUUUAAAAUAAAAAAACCAAUAACUCUAUUUUUCUUUUGUUUCCCAUAGCAAUGCACUGGUGGUGAUCAUGGCUGGCUUUUUAAUUGACAAACUGGGAAAUCGCUGUAAGUUCUGAGGCGUUGAACUAUGGCUGAUUGUUCGCCCUCCCCACUUGACUUCUUGCUUUCAGAGGUCAUCUGGUGAAUCCAUUCUGUGUGCUCCUUUGUUUUCCAUUUGUUUUCUGUGAAGCAGUUGGCAAGGAUGCAAAAAGGGACUUUUUGUUAUGCGGCACUCAGUAUACUUGGCCGCCUAAGUCAUUUAGGGCUUUAAACACUAAUAUGAGUACUUUGAAUUGGGCCCGGAAACAAACUGGAAACCUUUGAAGCUGUUUUAGAAAGGUGUUGUGUGCAUUGGAAUAAACCUGUGUGAAUUGGAAUAUAUCUGUACACAGUUUAUGGUCGAUGCCAGCAUUUAACAGAACAACCCAAACUGUGGGAAAGUGCCCACUGGUGAUACACCAGCUUACCAGUAUACCUGAAGGAACGUCUCCACCUCCAUCGUUCAGCCCAGACACUGAGGUCCAGUUCCAAGGGCCUUCUGGCAGUUCCCUCACUGCAAGAAGUGAGGUUGCAGGGAACCAGGCAGAGGGCCUUCUCGGUAGUGGCACCUGCCCUGUGGAACACCCUCCCAUCAGAUGUCAAGGAAAUAAACAACUAUCUGACUUUUAGAAGACAUCUGAAGGCAGCCCUGUUUAGAGAAGUUUUUAUCGUUUUUUAAUAUUCUGUUGGGAGCCACCCAGAGUAGCUGGGGAAACCCAGCCAGAUGGGUGGGGUAUAAAUAAUAAAUUAUCAUUAUUAAAAGCCACUGCGUCCAAACCCCAGUUCAGGAGACACUGAAGCUGGCAGAAUGUAUUUCUGCCAAUGUGGGAUUUCCUCUGCUAGCGGUUCUCCAGGUGUGCUGUUUCCCAGCUCAACACAUCUGGAGUUUGGAUUAGUGGAGGCUAGUCUAUUAGAGCGAAUGGGGCAGUGACCAGCCAACUCAGUCUGCUCUCAGCUCACCCUCACCUGUCUUAUGUUCUUUCUUACAACCACCCCAGGAGGUAGCACUGGUUGUCAACUUCAUCCUCCUUAGUCUCAGUGUUGCCCUUGUGGAAUUCAGUGGGGAGGAGGAUGGGGACAGAGCUGCAAUUACCUGUCAUUGGCUCUGUCUCCACUUUGCUCUGGCUUCACAUACCAUUGGCCUACUGCCUUAUGCCCUGCCAUUUGCAAUGGGCACAAGCUGCCACUGGUUUGGAUUACACAAUAUCACGGGAAGAGUGUUCACUGAGAUGUGCCUGUUUGCAGCGAACCAGACACAUGCAAAAUGGGCCAGUAAUGUUUCCCUGUUGGAUGCCAUUCCAGUUAAUAGACAGGAAUUGUGUGCUCAAGUCUUAUCGAAAUAGUCAUAGACCUGGAUCCAAGAACUGGCCUCCUCUUACUUCUCCAGUUUGCAUAGUUGUUAGAAGCCCAUUUGCCUUGAUUUAAUGAACUUCUUCCACCAUCUUCUUCCCUAGUUGGUGUAUUUCUCUUCUCUUUCCUCACUGUCCUGGGAUCAUCCAUAUUUGCUCUGGGCUCUCACUUCAGAGGAACUCCGUACCUCUUGCCACUGAUGCUGACGGGCAGGUUGCUUUUCGGCUCUGGAAACGGGUCACUGACAAGUAAGGAGAGAAAGAAAUCUUUUUUUCAGUUAAGACAGGGGUGGCUUAAUUUUGUAGAUUUUAAUUGCUGUGCAUUGCCUUGGGGAAUCGGGGAAUCCAAAGUCAUAUGUGUUUUUCAUGGAUAAAUGUCUGUACUGCUGAUUGGAGAUGCUCUGGUUUCCAUUUCUGGUCUUUUCCCUUCUAGUGUUCACAUGGUUUCACAUUUAGCAUUUUUGUUUUUUAUUGUUUGUUUGUGACUGUUCUGUUCACUACCUUGAGUAUUUUAUGAAAAUAUGGGCUAUAGGUUUUGUUAUCAACUCUUCUCCAUUUUCAGCAUCUAUCUUUUUCAUGAAAUCACUUAAUAACACUGCUGUCUUCUCUGCUAUUUGAGUUGUGCAGAAUCGUAUCACAGCCUUCUGGUUCAAGGGGAAGGAGUUGGCUCUGGCGUUUGGGCUAACACUCUCCUUUUCCCGGCUCGGAAGUGUCCUCAACUUCUUCUUCACCCAGCAGUUUGAAAGUCACUUUGGCAUCCAGUGGACUCUCUGGGGAGGUGAGUUUCAUGUCAGCUUGCCUCUACAGUAGGGGCCUGAGAACCUGAGGGUUCACAUUCCAUUCUGGACAACUUUCUACGGCCCACAUACAGUGGUCCGUGUGGUCAGAGGCAAAAGUGGUCAGAACAGCGAACAUGAAUUUUCCCUUUGUACAGUAGGCCGUUUUCUACAUAUACAGUGGUGCCCCGCAAGAUGAAUGCCUCGCAAGACGGAAAACCCACUAGAUGAAAGGGUUUUCCGUUUUUGAGUUGCUUCGCAGGACGAAUUUCCCUAUGGGCUUGCUUCGCAAGACGAAAAUGUCUUGCGAGUCUUGAGAUUUUUUUUUCGCUUUCCCCCCCCUUUUUCUAAGCCGCUAAGCCUUUAAUAGCCUUUUAGCAGCUAAGCCGCUAAGCCUUUAAUAGCCGCUAAACCGCUAAUAGCGCUAAUCCGCUAAGCCGCUAAUAGGGUUGCUUCGCAAGACGAAAAUACCGCUAGACGAAGACACUCGCGGAACGGAUUAAUUUCGUCUUGCGAGGCACCACUGUACUCACACUCUCUCUGCUCUAUGCUCCAUCCUGGCAAAACAAGAAGCAUUAUCAGAGUCCCAGGGAACGUUCCAGCUAGACCAAAACAAACUCAAGCAGGGCUGGUGAGAGAUGUGACUAGAGAGAGUGUGCGGUCUGGGGAGAGUCCCAGGGGCUUUAUAGAGAGGCCUGGGAUGCUGUGUUGGCCCUCCCCCGGGCCUUAAAUUUCCCAUUCCUGAAAUGGAGCCUUUAAAGAAGGUCAGUUUAUAUUGCAGCGAAUACACUGUGUCAUCCCUCAAGCAAGCACUUCUGUGUCCAAAAUACCAUAUUUUCGCCAAUAGGAAGUAGCAAUGCUUGUUGCCGGACACAAUAUGAUUCUUGACUUGGUUAUUAGGCCCGUUGCAAUGUGAAAUGCUGUCUGGAAUGUGGCUGCAUGAGUGUGCAGGCAGCUACAUACACUAGUGCCCUGUGGCAUCAGUGGUGAUGAACAAUGCAACUCUUAAUGCACUUCCAAGUAGGAAUUGUGCUUUGGUGCUAGUAGGGGUGGUCAUCCUGCAAAGAUGACCCUAACUGACUAGCUAAAAUAUAUGUGUGUGUGUGUGUUGCGGCGGGAGAAGACCCUUGCCAGUUUCACAUCUCUAGUAUUUUUUUUUGCAAUUAGCUGGGCUUCCUGUCCCCAAAUGAACCCAAACCAUGUUCUUGUCUAACACACCCUUAAAGCAUUCCAGUGAUCACAGUUCCACCCAUCAGUUGUUCCUCUCUGCCUGCAGGGACUUUGUUAUGUGUCCUGGGCUUUCUUUCUGCUGUCGUCGUCAGUGUGCUGGACAAGGUGGGCAUGAAGCAGCUCGGAUUGGAUGGAGUUAUCCAGCAAGAGUCCAAGAAAGUGGUACGUGAGGCAGAAGUUGCAUUGAGCCACAUAUGCUUGGUUUUCCAUUGUGAGCUUUGUGUGCAAAGCCCGAGAGCCUCAUUUAUCACUGGCAGCCAGGAGAGGGAGCAAGUGCCUUUUAGCAAAAGUCUCCAAGCUGUAGCUCCCCAAUUUUCUUUCUCUGCAAAGAGGGGGUGGUGUGUCUGUGACCCUGAAAGCUUUUUGCCCAUCAAGUAUGUUUGACUGGCAGCUGUUUGGACAGCACCACGAAUUUGGACCCUGAUUUGAGUCAACAGUGACCUGGAGUUUUGGUUCUCAUUGCCAUGGCAUGAUGUAAUCUUGUUUGUGGGGACCCUUUUUUGCUCUGCAGCUUCAUGCACUGUUGGUUUAUUACUGGAAGAACAGGAAAGGUCUCUUUCCCCACUACAUUCAAUGCAGGGAGCCCCUAACACAGGCUGUAAAGAUACUGGCAUGAACUGCCAGAGCCAGAUUUGAAUGAAACCUCAAUGCUGCCCUAGGCUUAGUGCUGGAUUUAUGCACAGGCUAAGUAAUCCACAGCUUACGGCCCCAAAAUACAUAUUUUUCACUACAUCCCAAGUUUUACAUAAUUGAUUUUUUAAAAUAAAGGAAACUGGGAAACGGAGUCUAUGAUAUGAUACCUGCUCUGUCCCUGAGCUGGUGUUGUCACAGAAUAUUUCCGUUCUUAUCCUUCCUGACUAAAAAGGUAUAAUAAUAAUCUGUGUGGUGAUCCUCUUUCCUUAGGUAGUAGUAGUGAAAAUUCAGCCCUAGAGCAGGGAUGGAAAACCUGAGGCCCUUUAGGUAAUGUUGGACUUCACCUCCCAUCAGCCAGAGCUGGCAUGACCAGUGGUGAGGAAUGAUGGGAAUUGUAGUCCAGGGACUCCUGAAGGGCCACAGAUUCCUCAUCCCUGCCCUGGAGCUUUUAACCUUCAGAGUUUUGGAUGAGGACAUAGUGCCAUUUGCGUAAGUUACAGGAAACCUCUUAGGAGCAGACUGACAACUGAACCAAUGACUUGGGAGACCUAGCCUGGACAGUCAUCUGCUUGAGAUGCUUUAUAUCUGGAUCUCCUGCAUGGAGCAGCGAGGUGAACCAGAUAGUUGAAAAAGACCCUCCAACUCUGUGAUUCUAUGAUGUGCAUUUUAUUUUUCUCUAAUUGGCAGCGGGUUCAGGAUGUCCGACACCUACCACUUCGCUAUUGGCUCCUGGUCCUGACCAUCAUGUUUUUCUACAACGGGGUCUUUCCUUUCGUGGCGGAUGCCAGGUAAACGGUUUACUGUGGUGGUUUUAGUGACUCGUCCCAAUGCUGAGGUUUGGUUGAAGCUGUUAAUAAGUGAGUGAGAAGUGGGCAGAAUGGCCCAAACUCAUACGGACUGGGCAGCAGAGUCCCCUCUACUACAUUGGUUUUGUCUAGCUCUGCCUUGCCAAUCUGGUUCUCAUACGUGGCCCUAGAACAAACUAGGCCUAGAAGGGUUCAGGAUUACUAGUUUCCAAAGUAUUCCCUGUUGGCAAAUCAAUACCAUUCCCGUUGGACUUAAAACUUGUAGGAUGAACUGUGAUUUAAUGGCUGCACUGGCUGCUGGUCCAUUUCUGGGCCCAGUUCAAAGUACUGGUACACACCUUCAAAGCAGGGAUGAAGAGCCUGUGGCCAAGUGUUGCCAGCUACAACUCCUGUGUCACUGGCCAUGCUGCUGGUGCCAGUUGGGAGUCCAACAUCUGGAGGUUUGCAGGGUUCCCCAUCCCUGCUUCAAAGUACUUUAUGGCUUGGAACCAGGGUAGAUGAAGGUCUGGCUUUUUGCUUCUGUUGCAUGAGAUGAUUAUCAGAAGACUGUCUUUCAAUGUCUUAUGAAGCAUCUCUGAUUUCAAAAUACAGUGGUACCUCUGGUUACGUACUUAAUUCAUUCCAGAGGUCCGUUCUCAACCUGAAACUGUUCUUAACCUGAAGCACCACUUUAGCUAAUGCCACGCUGCUGCCACGCCGCCAGAGCCCGAUUUCUGUUCUCAUCCUGAAGCAAAGUUCUUAACCUGAGGUAAUAUUUCUGGGUUAGCGGAGUCUGUAACCUGAAGCGUAUGUAACCCGAGGUACCACUGUAUAGUAAAAACCAUAUACAUAUAAUUUUUUAAAAAGCAUUCUAAAACAGAUAAAACAUUCUAAAACAUUAAAUGCAUUCUCUCAGCCAGUGACCUCAGGAACAGUGCAUUGUAGCCAUCCAAUGUCUGGGUAAACGGGAAUGUUUUAAAAUUCUUGCUAAGCCAAUAAUGAGGGAGACAGACACACCUCAUUUCAUUACUAUGUCAGGUAAGCUGCUUUGGGAAAGUUCUUCAAGGAUGGGAGAUAACUCCUAAUAAUAACAGCAGCAGCAGCAACUCCUCUUCCUCAAGCGGGAGGGUAGAAACCAAAGGCCUGAUACCUUUGCAGAGCUUUCAGAAGUCGUUAAUUCUGGAAAGAGUCCUGCUUUCAAUACAUCCUGAGUGGCUGCAGCCAAAAAGCCCCCUGGCACCCGGCCAGCUUCUUGGGCUGUGCUUGGUCUUCCAAGUGCCCUACAUGGCAGCUCUUGGGUCGUAUUGCAGCUUCCUCAGAUACACAGGCUGGGGCUCCUUGUCUUGGGAGAUUUGGAUCUCAUCCUUUCUGAUUCCACCUUAAAAUGCUGUGACCUUGGCAGAUUUCCCGCACUGCUUUUCUACAUCAGCAAAACGUGGAUUGAUUGGAGGGGUUGAGAUGUGACGUUAAGCCAUUGGUACAGUGAGACAAUUUUAGACUCUGGACUCAGUGGGUCUUUUUUCGGGGGGGGGUUGUUGUCUUUAGAUGGUCAUGUGUAUUACGCCACUUACUAUGAAAUGUGGCAAGCUAGCCAUGCUUCUACCUCAUUCUUUUGAUGUCUGCCUCAAAAGUCCUCCCCUGAUAUCACCACUAUGUUAGGUAAGUGCAAAGCAGAACAGGAGUUUUGCUAGGGAUUUAAAGACUCUCUGGGCACAGGCAUGGUCUACGGCAGGGGUAGCCAAUGUGAUGGCCUCUAGAUGCUGUUGUACCAUAGCUCUGAUCAGCCCUGGGCAGAAGGCCAGUUUACCAAACAACGUUGUUUUUAUUCUCAGGGAGCUCUAGCAAUUGUAGCUUUAUAAGGGAAUGAGGAUCUCCUAAUAGCUCUCAGAACCCUUAGGAAGCUGCAGGAUUCCCUGGGGGAAGCCAUGACUGUUAAACAGUACUUAAAAUAUAUGGUGCAGAUGUGGCCAUUUGUCUGCAGAGGCCCUUGGAAAAAAGCAAGGCAGAAGAGCUCAAUUGUUUCCAUAUGGAUAAAAAGGAAAUCUUUCUGUCAUGUGAUCUAGAAUCUUAAUGGGGUUCUCUCUCCUGCAACCCUUUCCAGCAAGUUUAUCCAAGAUAAGUAUCCUGGCUAUACCCAACAGGCAGCUGCUUACAUUGCUGGGGCGGUUUACGACAGCUCCCUUGUUCUCUCAGCGGCAGUCGGCAUACUGAUCGUAAGUGCUUGUGUCACUGGCUUUGGUAUAAUGCUUGGGCGGGGGUUGGAAUUCCUUGACAUGGUUUCUGCAGGGCAAGAGCUGCACAUUCAGCUAUUCCAGUGGAAUAGCAGGAUUUUGCAAAUCAAAAUGAGGGCUGGGUUUUGGAACCUGACUGCAAGUUAGAUCAAAUGAUAGAUUGGAUUGCUUUUAUAUAUAUUUUAAAAAAGCCUUACAAUGUACUGUAUUUUUCCAUGUAUAACACGCCCCUGUGUAUAAGACACCCCUGUGUAUUUUUUUGCGGGACACAAAAUUAAGAAAAUGGGGAGGAGAGGAUUGCCCACAGUUGUUGGGGGGGGGGGCUUGCCCAGACCGACAAUUGGUAUCACACGCGUCACCAAUUCCGCCAAUCAUCUGCCCACUCACCAUCGACAGCAGCACUUGCCACAGCCACCAAUCACCCACCCAAUUGCCACUAAAAAUCUCUUGCUUGUGGCAGCAACCAAUCCCAUUUCUGACAUUAUUUUAUAAGGAAAAAACCUCGUCUUAUACACAGAAAACUACGGCAUUUUAGACAACCAAGCAGAUCGCCAAGCAAUACAGCAGUGUAUGUAGAAUUAUUACUUUUUUUCAUUUUUCAGGAUUAUGUUGGACUGAGAGGUGUAUUUGCAGUUGGCUGUGCAGUGCUGACUUUGCCCGUCUUUGCCCUCUUGGCUUUCACGUUCGUUCCUCCACUUGUUUCUACCAUCUGGCUGGGCAUUACCUACUCCUUUGCAGCAGUAAGUCAUCAUAAAUGUGAUGUUAUUUCCCCAUUCCUGGUUUCUGCUUCCCUAGAAUACAAGCAAUAGGUUCUACAUCAUUUACCUAGCCUGCCUCAUUAGAGGAAGCUUCCAUGUUCCCUCUCUUAGGUACAUGGGUGGAAACAAAAGCCGAAGCUGAAAAAAUCCAGUCCCCCUAGUUUAACAGUCUUACUUCUCAAAUCACCUAUUUUCUCACUGUUUCUGUUGUUUCAAUCACCUCUUAACAGGCUAGCAUGUGGCCCUCUAUACCCCUUGUGGUCCCCCAGGCAACCUUGGGAACAGCCAUGGGGCUUGCAACAUCCGUACAGAUGAUUGGAAUUGGCCUCUCUAAUGUGAUUGUGGGACGGAUUCUGGGAACGAAGUCGAGGUGAGAAUAGCUGCUUUUCUUCCUUCCUUACAGUUGUGCCGUCAAGAAAAUGACAUCACUCCCGAACCCCAGAUCCCAUGUUGCUCCAGGGCUUGGUGAUGGGAUCACAUUAUUUUGCGUAUGUCUACAUGAUUGGGCUGUCAUAUUUCCACGAUUCGUCUGUCAAAAAUGGCAUCUGGGUUGAAUUUUCGGAAACCAGUUAAAAUGUCUGGGGAAACCCAAGCAUAUGGCAGCCCACAUUGGAAGUGUUGAAUUUUUGGCGAAUUUCCAAAAAACUUCAAUUUUGGGUGGGGGGAGAUUUUGAAGGGGGAAAAAAGCAGCCCACAACUUUGGCCAAAAAUUAAUAAUUCCAGAUUUUCACUUCUUGAAAUAUGGCAACCCUACUACAUGAGGGGAUGUAAAUUCUCAAGCAACUGGCUGUCUUGUUUGCCAUAUGUACAUUUAUUAUUAUUUACCUUGCAGUGAGUUAAAGAUCCCAUUGUGGCGAUGGCAACAGAUGAUGGUCUUCAUGCUGGCAAACACCAUUGCUUGCAUUGUUGCCUCCAUCAGCCUCAACAUAGUGGACAAGAAGCAGGUAAGGAUCAGUAUUUGGGGCAUUUGUCAUAAAGAAGCCUAAUUCUGUUCCACAUUCCUGCCUGAUAAUAUCUUUCCUUUUUAAAGUUCUGUCCCAAAGAUUGCCUAAGGAACUCAUCAUAAUGCACAGCCAAGAUUGGCUAAAAUUUCAGAACCCCAAACUGGGCCAUUAAGAAGACUGGUGGUGGCAGCAAAGUUCUGCCCAUUUCUUUUGAUUUUUGGUCCUCUCUCAUUCUUUAUGCCAUACGCUAAUAAGUCAGGUUCCCCCAGCAAAGAUGCUGUUGUGCAGGUAACCCGAAAUCCUAGCAAAACAAUACCACUGCACGUUGGUUUUUAAAAAUUCAGUUGUUGCUAAUUAAGAAAACAUUGAAUGACUUUAUGCAAAGCCACGAGGUUCCACACUGUAUCCAGAAAUGGAGGAUUUUGUCUUACUGCAUUUUCUAGUAAGGAAUAAAUGUUUUAGGGAGUUGGUUUCAGUUCUAAAGCACCUUUUUCAUGAGAGAACUGUAGAGCAGGAGAGGAAGCAGGUCGCUAGACAAAUGAGUCUUAACUUUAGACAGACCCAGCCUGACUCGUUAUUACUGCUAAUUACUUUAUUUAAAAUAGAGAUGAGGAGCUUGCAGCCUUUACCUCUUGCUGCUAGGGGUAACCAAAAUUGAUAUGGCUUGUGGGUGGUGGCAGAUAUGAUGUUAAAACUUCUCCCCAGUUCUCUGCUGCUGCUGUCAUUGCGACCAACUUCCCUGAAUAAGGCCACUAGGGUGUAAUUAUGACCAGGAGGUAACGCUUCUCAGGCAGACCUGAUAGAAUGUGAUUCCUGCUUUAUAUGGUGGUGAAAUAGGGUUUGGAAAAAUCACAGUCUAGCACCCCAGCUGACAGCGAGAUUCCAAAAACCCAAAAUAAUGCCCAGUUUCAUUUUCCUGACUUCUUUUUCUAGGGUGGAACAUUGAACCGUUCAACAAAGCGCUCAUCAACAGAGGAGCCUGCCAGGCAGCCUGUAGACACAGCCCCACUCCUCAGUGAGGUGGAAGAUGAAGGAUCCAUCAACUAGGAAGCCCUCUGUGGGCUACUGUCUAAUAUUUCAUUAAGGAAUCUAAACAUAAGUCCAACUUACAGUACAGUCCCUUUUUAGGUCCUCGUAUACAUGUAAGUUGGGCUUAUGUUAGGAACGAAAGGGAAAUCUUACACUAUGAGGUUCUACAAAUCUGCCAUGUGCCAAGAAAGCCUUUAAUACUGCCUCUUGGGCACUGGAGCUGUUUAAGUGCGGUCAUAGAAGAAUACUUCAACAAGAGGACAGUUAUUUCCUGGCUCUCCAGUACAGGCAGAAUUUUUCUGCAUGUUGUAGUUUGAAAAGCACAGAAGCAACACUAAUGGAAGUCAAAUCCUAAUGAAAUCAAUGGGAAUUCAGUGAGUAAAUUUGCAAGUUACAUCUUUAUCAUAUAAGACCCACUUAAGCAUUGGGAUAUUCAAAACAUGUCUUCUAAGAAUCUCUGCUGCAGGCCUAGGUAUCUAUCCUGUUAUUAUGUUUGCAGGUAGUGUGGACAUCCCCUUCAAAUCUAGCACAAUCUCUUGGCAAACGUGAACCUCAAAAAGCUAUGGAAUGAAUAAGAGUCAAUAUUAUUUCAUGCUGGCUCAUGCCCAUGUCUUGACCUAAUCCGUUUUCUAUGACAGAGGCCCCAAACAAAAUUUGGUGUGUAUGCACACUGAUUCCUUGAUAUUAGCCAAAAUAACAAAUAGGAGCUGCAGCAAAAUACUACAAUGUCGACUGCUCCAGUUCAAGGUUGUAAGACCACAAGAGCAGCCCUUGCUAGGUCUGUCCAAAGGCCCCUCCAGUCCUGUAUUCCGUUCUCACAGUGACUAACCAGAUGUUUAUGGGAAGCCCACAAGCAUCACCUGAGCACAAGAGUGUUCUCUCUACCUGUCAUUCCUGGCAGUUGACAUUCAGAGGCAUACUGCGUCUGAAAGAGAGGGAGACUACAGAGGAAAGGGCUAUCACUACACCUUGUGGUAGUUCUAACUCUGCACUGUUAGGGUUGCAGUCAGCCAUGCCCUUUUCCAGAACGCUUUAUUCCAUCCCAAGAUGGCUACUCUACUGGGCAUUUCCCUCAACCUGCUACUAUCUGCCUCUUGUAGUGCUUAGAUUGACAACUGGAGAGUGAGCUUGCUAUUAGUAUAUAGGACAUACAUGCACAUGCAGUGGAUGAAAAGAAAUACUUUACUUAUUUGAUGGUUUUAGAAUUCUUGACAAACAUAAGUCCAAAUUGAUCAAGAUCCCCAAUGGAGUAGUUUUCAGUGAGUUGGUUGCCUGCCUGCAAAUUCCUACAUUCUUGCAUUGCUGGGAGUUGGACUAGAUGACCCUUGGGCUCCCUUCCAACUCUACAGUUCUAUGAUUCUGUGAAACAGAUAAUGCUAGCACCUUCCUUCAGGCUAUUAAAUCUUGCCAAAACUUAUUCAUGUUUACAUUCAAGAGCUUGGUGUGGAGCCAGCAACACAACAUGUACUGGAAAAACAACUUCUUGGCUUUCAUCCCAGGCUUUUACAUGGAUAAUGUUGGCUGUGAGCUAUUUGAAUAACAUAUCUAUAAUACCAGGGGUGGUAGAAUCUAUGGCUGUCUAGAUUAUUGGUGGAUUACAGCUUCCAUUAUGCCCAACUACUAGCCAUUCUGGCUGGGGGCUUAUGAGAAUUCAACAAUAUAUGGAAUACUACAGGUUAGUUACCUCUGCUCUGCAGUAAAAAUUGUUUAGAAAGCUGCAUUUGACAAAUGCCUUCAGUUUAAUAAGUUUUCAACCCCCUACCUAUUGCAUGAAUUUGGGCCUUGCCCAGUCUGCAAAUGCCCAUAUGCAGAGAGCUUCCACCAACAAUACCGUGUUUGGAGUAAAGUAUUUUUUCCAUACUUCCUAUGAAGUUCUUCCUCUGCUGAUGUCCAAAGAGUUGGGGCUUUUGUGCUCAUGUAGCUUUCCAGCACACACCACAUCAGUGUUACUAACACAGGACUGUUACGGAGAAAAUACUUCCAAGUCUUCCAAAAGGAAUAAUGUACAUCACUAAAUAUUCCUACUCCAGUAAUGGGUAAGGUGGCAGCUAUUACCAGCAUUAUCCUUCUUUGGUACUAGAGUUUAGUAAUGUAAACAUAAAUUUAUAGGAAAAGUGUAGGUCAUAUUUUUGGUCAGAAGGCUACAGAAAAAUCUGAAGCAGGGCAGUACUUUGAUUCUUAGAAGCCUCAAGGAGGCUUGUCAGAUUAAUAACACAAGUUAAAAAUGUAGUACUCUACCCAGAACAACUUCCAGUUUUUCCCCCUUUGCCACAAUAUCUCUUUUUACACCUAGUGAUUAUGUACAGGAAUUUCUACGCUAUACUGCAACAACAUUAACAGAACGCUGAUUUUGGCUUGCUAACGCCACUAGGAGAAAGGAAUUAAAAGAUUUUUAAUAUUUCUUAAAUGAUUUCCUUGAAGUUGUGUGACCACACCAGUAUUAAAUCACUAGCACAAGUUGAUUAACUUAAUGACAACACUGCUCAUUUUCAAGUACUGGAGAAAAGAGUAUUGCUUAAUGUUGCUGAGAGGUCAAAUUAGGAACCAUCUGCGGGCAACCAGAGAAUUGUAUUGAAAGGCAGCUACUAUCUUCAGCUAAUGUGAGGACAGAACAGAUGGUACAGAAAUGAAUCCAAUAAAGUUAACGCUUCUUUCCUAGUGACUGAAGACUGAGUCAGCCUUAAGAUAUUUUACUGCAAAAGAAACAUUCUGUUAGCAAUAUUAAAAAGUGAAGGAGGUAGAAAAACAUUCCUCUCCUUGCAUAGAGAGUAUAUAUUUAGAAAAUGGACUAUUUAUACUGUAAGCUGCUACAAUGAUGUUGAGGUAAGGGUUAAGGUGAAAACUAGUCAGUGAAGGGUUUCAAGUCACUGUAGCAUAGCUAAUGACAAUACCACUUCACUGGCCAAUAACACACAAAAUAAAGUUCUGCAUAUUCUGUUUACUUUUUCUUGCAAUAGUACUGGCAUCAGUGAAUUUACACAGCAAAGCAUGGGGAACUCUUCUAAUAACUUGCAUAGCCAAAUUGGAUGGUGCUUCACUGAGUACAAAAGGAUAGGUCCCUUUUCUAAGAUGCUUACAAAGUUGACAAAGGGGAAACUGAAGAAGGAUGGGGAUGAGGUAAACAAAUGAUAUGCAGUUCAUUCAGUUGCAAGUAUUUGGGCUAAGGCGCAGUAGGAAUUGAAGAGGUUGUGCCAAACAUGCCUCACAGAAGAGAUGGAUUUUUUGAGAGGAUGGUUUUGAAGGAACAGAGAAAUGUCAUUUAGAAGAAUGGUAGCAUGAGUUUGGGCUGUGAACCACAGGUGUGGCAACUUCCAACUAGAAAAGGCCCUCCUUACAAGUGUUGAUUGUACAGACAGACACCUGAAUCUCUUGAUUCUGAAUUAAGAUACUUUCUAUUUCAAACAAUAUUUGAAUUUUAUUCUCUGCCAAGAAAUGGAUGCAUUCAUCCAUAAUUUCAUUACAAACUUGUCAGGACAGGGAAUUGUAUUUACUUUUUGCUUAAAAUUACCCAGUACAGUACAGAUGGAUGGCACUAUAUAAAUAUGUCCACCAGAGUUAUUUUAAUGGGACAUUUGGUAGUCCACAUGUCUCAGUAUUGGUGAUUUAAACACACAAGGUGAUUUAAGACACAAAAGAACACUAUUAGGACUCACAGCCUUGGCACACGAUAAUGAAGUGACAAAAUGCAGCUGUUUAUUGAGUAGUACAUGAUUCAACACAUUCUGAAUUUUCAUUAACCCCACCUUUUUUUAAUAAUAAAAGCAUCCUUUCUGGAUACGUAGUGUACUCCCCAGGCACCCCUUGAGAAAAAUAAUGGCACAGGUAUAAUUAAAUCAGUAAUAAUUUAAGGCUUUGCUGGAAAACUGCUAUCCAAAACAGAGGCACUGGUGAAAAUGCACCUUUUAAUACUUCAGCCCCAAGUAAAGCUUGAAGCUUUAGACAAGAGGAAGUCCAUAACACAAUGCAAAUAGUGUCAGAGAAGCAAGUUUGAGCCAACUCUUCUCAUGCUGCACCUUUUUAGAACAAAUCCACCACAAAGCUCAACAUCCACCCCACAUCAAACUCUUCUUAUUCCCUGUUCUACUGUGGGGUUUUCCCCUUUUUCUUUUGAGGUGCUGCACAUUCUUGAAGAAUGGCAACGAAGAAUUUUUCUUCCCCAGUAGAGGUGAGUUUUUAGUCAAAACAAUAACUCGGACAGAACUCCAAGCUACUUUUAAUAUCUGGCACAGAGCUUGUUUCUCAGAACCCAUUUGCAAAAUGUUUUCUGCUGGUACCUAGAGCCAUUUUGCAAGAAAGGCCACUAGUUCUUUGGCAAGCCUGAUGAACUUCUAUAUAUAAUGGGAGUUCUAAAGGCAAGCCACUGCACUUGAUGUUUUAAAAAAAGAACAAGUCUUAAAGUACAGCUGGUCAGGAAUCUAAAUACAUGAAGUUUAAGAGCCCCUCCCACCCCCUAAACCCACAUAAUGAAAUUCCAGAAAACAAUACAAAGUUAUUGCAAAAAAAUCUGAAGUCUGUGCACCAGGAGUAUUGUAUUGCAAAAAUCCAGGAACCAUCCCCAAUUGGAUGGAGUGAGUGAAAGAGACAAACAGAAGUCUCAAGGCAGCUACAAUGCAAAGAAGUAACCAGGUGGGAUAGUCUGUGCUUCCAGAUGGGGUCACCAAUAUGUUAUUUAUACUUUCAACUGCAAUAACCAGGGCUCCAACCUCUGCAGCCUUUCUCCAGGUUUUCCUCUGCCUGCUACAAUCAGGACUUUUAAUUCUGAAGUACUGGUGGUGGGCAAGGUGAGGAGAACUAGAAGAAUAAGGUGGGCAGCACAGCAGCUGCAGCCUCACUCAGCAUAGUUAAAGGUGCUGACUCUGGGGAAGAGGAGUUGAAAGCUAUCCAAAUUAUAGGACGAAGUGGUCAAUAAGGAAGGAAGGCAAAUAGUCUAACAGAGUCAGCACAGAAUUAGAUAAGACCAGACACUUAUAGGGCAGAAAGAACCUUGAGUACAAACAGCUUCUGUUGGAGGCUAAUUAUGGGGUAGAACACUACAUUCUUAACCAUCUCAUUGGACAAGAUUCAAGGUCUGAUUAUAGACAAGAGUGGUUUGGCUGAAUUUUCAGACCAUUCCAUGCCAUCCACAACUGCAAGUAUAUUGUCAUUCAACAUGCACCUUCCUUAACUAGCCAAAAGGUUGUUGACUUUCAAGAGUUCAAAAAAUGAAUUCUUGCACAAUACAUUUUGACUACAAUUACUCUCCAGAAGAGGAUCUGCUUGCUUAGUAAGGUUCUCCCUUACAAGAUGACAAAGGGCAGUUCUAGUCCACAGUUCAGGAAGAUCUUUAGUCAGAGUUUAGACCAGCCUUCCUCCUUAUCUAGCACAAAUAAAAUCCCCUCAGGGCUAUAAUACAUAAUCUGUGCAUCAAGAAAGCAAUAUUCUGCCUCAGAAGUGCAUGAGAUCAGGGUACUCUCAGAAGUCUGUUCUGCAACUUUAAAAGCCAGAGAAUCUCAAGCUAACUUCUGCCACAUACUGAAUAUGCCAAACCACUAAGUGGCUCUUUCUUCAAGCAGCAGGAGGCUAAAUUUCUGGUUCAAACCUUGAAAACUGUUUCUGUGCUGACUCCAUUGUGGGGAGGGGGAAGGGAAGAGAACACUUUCCUUAAUAGAAGGCAAUGCUGGAUUUGCCCCCAGGAGGGUUGAGGACUUUGUUGUGUGAUCGUGGCCGUGGCCCCAGCCUGGGCUCAUGAUCAUCCAUUUUGGGUCCAGGCUCUUUGGUGCUCUCCUUCUUCUGUGGCUCUCUCUUUUCACUUGUAUCUUCCACCUGUGGUCUUUGGUCUUCUGUAAUUGUAAAUUAAGAUAUGUUGUCAGGUGGCCAUGCCAGAAUAUUCACCCAGUCUUGUGACAAUUAUAGCUUGCAUUACAUGUAUUUUACCCAGCUGCACUUUGUUCAGCCCCCAGUUAGCACUUCAUUUCCAUGUUAACAAGGUGAUAGUUAUGUCAUGUAUGCUGCGGAAGCAUUGUGAAAUGCUGCUCCCCAAGAAUACUUUGCUAAAAAAGCUUUACAAGGAGCAUGGAAGGGCACCCAGUACUGAACACAUGCACGCACACACACUCCUUUAAAAACGUAUUUAAUCAGCCCACCAAGCAGGCCACUAUAAUGGGGACACGAAGAAAGUAUUAUGAAAGUGUGUGCAGACCAUUCCCAGGCCUUUAAGGAACAGAUACAGUCACAACUGCAGAUAGGCACACACUAAAUACUUGUGGCUUAUAUUCCUCUCUCCACAAGUCUUUUCAUUUAGGUUUAUUGAUCUGGAAUAAUAAUAGCUGUGUCAAACAUUGAAUAUAACAAACAAACAAACCCCC